UGUUUGUUGACUGCUGUAAACAGUCGGCUUUCAAAGAGUGUGAAGAGAGCUGAGCUGUGAAUCGCACGUAGGAAAAUUGUGUUGUAGACGAGAUAAUUUUGUGUUGUAAAGAAACGUUUUAGUUGUGAUUAAAUUGAUCAUUGGUGGAGGGCAUCGUGGUCUCUUAUAAUUGAACCAAAUUUACAGUCGGAUCGGAUUCAAGGCAGCAGACCCCAAAAAUCAAGGUCAACCCACGUUACAGUACUUACUGAAAACUUUCUCAUGAUGAAUGAACCGACAUUAUAUACGGUCAAGGGUAUGGCUAUCCUUGAUAAUGAUGGAAACAGAAUAUUGGCCAAGUACUACGAUAAGAACGUAUUUGCAACUGCAAAAGAACAAAAGACUUUCGAAAAAAAUCUGUUCAAUAAGACACAUCGAGCAAAUGCAGAGAUCAUCAUGCUCGAUGGGUUGACUUGUGUCUAUAGGAGCAAUGUGGACUUGUUCUUUUAUGUCAUGGGAAGUUCACAUGAAAAUGAGUUGAUUCUGAUGAGUGUGCUUAAUUGUUUAUAUGAUGCAGUGAGUCAGAUUUUACGGAAGAAUGUUGAAAAGAGAGUUGUAUUUGAUAACUUGGACAUUGUCAUGCUAGCCAUGGACGAAAUUUGUGAUGGAGGAAUUAUUAUGGAAGCUGACUCAUCAGCAGUUGUCCAGAGAGUCGCUUUGCGAACAGAUGACAUUCCUCUUGGAGAGCAGACUGUGGCACAGGUAUUGCAGUCUGCAAAAGAGCAGUUGAAAUGGUCACUUCUGAAGUGAUCCUUGUGACUGGACCAAGAAUACAAACACCUACCAUGCCUACUUGAACUUCUGGAAACCUGUAAAGGUUUUGCAACUCUUUACAGUGUAGCAGUGUAAUGUGUGUUGGAUGUGAUAAGACAGUUGUACAUGUGUUUGAUAAUAAUAUACAUUAUCUUAACAGGUUCAAGUUCCAUCAUCUUCUCUGUAAAAAUAAGUAAAAUAUAAUAAAAGUACAUGUGUAAAACAACAUGAAUGUUCAUCUUGUAGUACCAGCUUGUGUCUUCAUUAAGUAAAAGACCCAAUAAAAUAUAUUUUACUGAGAUGGGAAGUACUAUAGAAAGACAGAAAUUUGUUUAUCAGGCUAGGUACACAGGACUCUCACACUCAGUAACAAUAUCUGUCCUGCUUUAAAGUGGUUUCUGUGGGUUUUUUAAAUAGUUAUAACCAGAAUGAACACAUGUAGUUUAUUUUUUCUUCUUGUUGACAAAUGGUGUUUUACAUAUUUGGUUUGAAUUGCA